AUGACACCCAAAACCAAAAGGCAAAAAGUUGAUAAAACCAUUUUGGAACCCGUACCAAAAACUGGUCAAGAUUUUGAUCCUCCUGUAAGGGAAGGCACCCGUGAGGAUGUCUCGAACUCUGAGAAGGGUUUAUUGUCGCUUCCGGUCGAAUUGCGAACUGAAAUCAUUGGAAACCUAUUGAAGAUCACAGUGUUUACCGAAACUCCCCAGCGUGAUCCAGUCCUCCCUGCCAAAUAUCGCGAACGCACCAGUACUCUCCGCGCUUUGUCCCAGGUCUGCGUUGCAUAUCGACGCGAAUAUUUGCCAGCUCUUUGGGAACAGCUCAAUAUCUGCUGGGAUAUUCGUGGCAUUGUCAUUGGUGCAUCUGCACUAUUUCAUAUAAACAUUGGGAAAGCCUUAGACAGGAAUUGCGAUGGUCUUGCUAUUAGCCCUCAUCUGCGCCCUCACAUUCGAACAGCAAAUAUAGUACUCACUCGUUAUAAAGCCGCAACCAGUAUUCCCAAAUUUCGGGCGUUACUCCAUUCAUUAGAAAACCUUCACACCCUGUAUCUUCUGCAUACUCACACUCAACUGGGAAAAUUCCUGAAUCAAACCUUCCAUGACGGCGUCACUUUCCCGCAGAUUCGUACUUUGGCGAUACAGGGCUACUGUCAACAUAUCUUACGCUGCUGCCCUAACCUGACCACCCUCUGGUGCAAUAUAGAAGAAAUCCGAGGGUUCUCUGGGGAUGAAAAAAUUAUAGCAGGGUUGACGAAGGCUGCACCAAAUUUACGUGUUUUCGAGGUCUGGGAUACAAACUAUUCUUCUUUUCUCCAACAUCUUCCCUCUUUCAAGAAUUUCACUAAACUGAUUAUCAAAACAAGCUCAACCUAUAUCGACCAACAUAAUUAA